UACUGCGCAGACGUUCGCAGAUUAACCCAAAAUUUCUAGAAACUGUCUGACAGCUAUAAAACGUAGACGGGAUCUAUUUUUACGUAAUAGUACCUGAAAAGUUUAAGAGAAAGCAUUAAAAAGUUGUGAUAUUUGUUGUUAAUAUUUGUGAUAUAUAAUAAUAAUAAAAUGCCGAGACGUGGACGUGCUUCUUCUCCUUCACCAUCAAGGUCCUCGAAUUUGCCUGCUAGGACCGCCCCGGCCCCGGCUCCAGCCCCCGUGCAGGCAGCCCCUGCUCCAGCCCCAUCUCAGGGCCCAGGGCUGUUCGGACAAAUGGCGGCCACUGCAGGCGGUGUUGCCGUCGGUUCGGCCAUCGGGCACACAAUGGGGGCCGCCGUGACGGGGAUGUUCAGCGGUGGGGGCUCAAGCGAGGCAGCUCCAGCCCCACAGCAGCAGGCUACAGCCCCACAAGCGCAGCAGUACGCGGGGCAAUCUGCCGAACCUACGGGGCCUUGCGCAUGGGAGAUCAAGCAGUUCUUGCAGUGUGCAUCCACACAAUCGGAUCUGACGUUGUGCCAGGGAUUUAACGAGGCAAUUCAACAGUGCAAGAUUAGAUACAAUGCUUAAAUGGAAUCCACUAGGAAUAAAUUGUUAGUUUUAUGGAAUAGUCAGCAGAUUUUAGCAGCCACUUUUAAUAAUAGUACUAUUAUUUUUUACUUUAUUACUCAAUGUAAUAAUUUUUUGUUAUGAUAGAAACAAGCCUGUCAAAUAAAUG